GGAAAUGCCGUGAUCUUAGUGGCUCUUCACAAGGAAAAUUCCCUUUAUGCGCCGUCCAAACUACUGCUGCGUUGCCUCGCUAUAACUGAUCUCUUCGUUGGCCUAAUCGUGGAGCCUCUUGAAGUCACUUUCUGGAUAUCUUUGGUACAUCAUGAACGAUCCAGUAUAUGUCGUUACGCGUUAGAUGUAGGUGCUAUUACUGGCUAUACUUUGUGUUUAGUGUCUUUGUUUACAUCGACUGCAAUAGCCGUGGAAAGGCUUCUCGCCCUUUCGCUGGGACUCAGAUACAGACAAGUUGUGACUAUCACAAGAACUCGUAUAAGCAUAACUGCUAUCUGGAUUGUGUCCAUCUUUGGUUCAACAGGGUAUCUCUGGAGUCAUCCUAUCUCCGAAUGGUACGGUUAUAUCACUAUGGGACUGUGUCUAAUCGUCUCCAGUUUUUCGUACACAAAAAUUUUCAUUACUUUGCACCAUCGUCGGUAUCAAGUACACGCGCAACACAUUCCCGCAAACCCGAGUCAUUUCAAUCCGAUCAAUAUAGCGCGAUACAAAAAGGCUGUAUCAAGUGCGCUGUGGUUUCAGUUGACAUUAGUUGCCUGUUAUCUACCUUACAUAAUAACGGGCGCCUUCUUGACUGAAAGAGGAUUAACACCAUCUGGUUUCAUCGCCAAUGAAUUUGCCUUGACUUUACUUUACGCAAACUCGUCACUGAACCCAAUACUUUAUUGCUGGAAGAUCAGAGAAGUUCGGCAAGCAGUUAAAGACACGAUAAGACAGCUUUUUUGCCAAUCGACCUUGAUUCUAACUUAAGUUAUACUGUGAAAGGUUUGAACCCAGGAGUCAUUUCUUAAGUAGGUUGAGUAUGAUCGUCCGGGUAAACAUAGUCCUGAAUAGGACUGUUGUUGACAUAGCCUGCGUUCCAGACACUCUAAACCUUCUAUAUGCGAAACGUCGGCCGGUUGCGACGCAGGCUUUUGUUGACAGUGACAGACGUUUCGACAACCUGUGGGGUGGUCAACUAAGUCGCUAUGUUAUUGGUCGUCUGCCAGUUAAGCCGUCAUACUCAAUUUACUUAUUAAGUUAUGCGGUUAUCAUUUUUUUCGUUAUUGUUACAAUGUAUUUAUUCUUUUAUACCACUAAAUGAGAAAUUGCUGCAAUUUGAUUGGCUUAGAGCAGUGGUAUUUCAGCUUAAUUUGAAAUACCAACAUGUGAAAAUUACAAACCUUUUGCGGGUAGUAGUAUAAACAAAUAAUGGCAUGCUUUCUACGUGAUAUUUGGGAUAAAUACCACUCGUGAUAUUUCAAAAUUGUUUCAAAUUUCACGAGCCGUUAGGCGAGUGAAAUCAUAGGGCGCCCACACAGUCUGUUUGUGUAGCCGAUUGUUAUUUUAUAGUAAAUGUACUGGAUUUACCGUUUGCUUCACCUAUAGCGAUAUAUCGCUAACUAUGUAUAUAAAUCAAUGAUAAAUAAACGUUGAAUUACCUUACCUGUGGUGUAUAGUCGUCCUUUUGCCUCAAAAGCGGUUUUUUGAGCGAUUUUGAAUGAAUUUGAGUUCGCCGUUGACUGUUUCAUACAAUAGAACAGAUAGAAAACAGUCAACGGCGAACUUAAAUUCAUUCAAAAUCGCUAAAAAAAACCGCUUUUGAGGCAAAAGGACGACUAUAAACCACAGGUAAGGUAAUUCAACGUUUAUUUAUCAUUGAUUUAUAUACAUAGUUAGCGAUAUGUCGCUAUAGGUGAAGCAAACGGUAAAUCCAGUACAUUUACUGUAAAAUAACAAUCGGCUACCCUGUGGUGAAAUUACGUAUAACAAUUUCGAAAUAUCACUCGUGGUAUUUAUCCCAAAUAUCAAUACAAAUCAUGCUAUUAUCUAUACAAACAUUUCUACCUCGCAAUGCAACAAUGAGCAGAAAAGAAACUAGCCUAUCCAACCCCCUUGUGAUUGCCGUGAAUAAAUCCUCCGCGGUUUUCUAUUAGAGAGCUUUAGAUUCGAGGACGAGAACGACUACGAGUACCGCGAGUACGAGUUUUGAAUUAAAUUUUUUUCGCGUAUUAUCAAAAAAUAGACUUCCCGGAAAGCUUCAUAGUACUCUUGAUUCACCAGAAAAGUUAGCACUGUUAUCUUUAUUAAAGGAGCUGAUGCCCUUUCCCGGUCGCAAAAUGAUAAAACUUGUUACAUUUGAUAACUCGUUUCCGCCACUACGACCUUCUCGCUAAACCUCGUAGUAGAAUGACGACGGCUAUCACGUUUCGCGCCCAAAAUGACGCUGGUUCACGCGCCAGCAAUGCUCAGUAUUGAGAAAAUCUCGUUCUCGUGGUCGUUUUCGUCUUAGGUCUCUAUUUUCUUACGCGCGCUCGACGAUCUCUUAAGAAAAUAGACGGUCUGUGAACACCCCACACAGAAACCUGUAGGUGGCCUUCACUUUGAAAAUGGCGCGGUGCAGCUUAGCUCCGUUAGAGAAACCGCGCCGAACUCACCGUUCUCAGUUAUGUGACAGCAAAAGCCCUAAAGGCUGAUUUCAACUGACGCCUUUUUGGCUACGCACGUUAACGCACGUAAAUUUUAAUCACGUAAAUAAAAUAGAGGCAAGAUAUAAAGUGUUGAGAUUAAACGAGAAGUUGAGCGAGUUUCCACUUUUACGCUUGCGUGCGACCUUUCACACAUUGCCUGUAUUUUUUUUUCGAACGUAAAUCUUACGCACGUACGUACGUAAAAAUUACGCGACAGUGGAAAUCAACCCUAACCGAUAAGGUUUUCGUGCCGGGGCAAGAGCUAUCCGUUAGAGUGCAGACAUAAAGCCUACCAAAUCUAAAUGAAUAUAACUAUUAUCGCUCGAACUAGAGCUUUACCUAUCUUUCCUCCGAAAAAAUUUGCCUCAAUAUUUCAAUAAAACCCAGCUCUUUGUAUUGCAUGAAUCUCGCUCUUCUUUUCAAGAGCACAAACACACAAUAACUUUUUUCAAUUUAGCCAGAAAGUUACCUGUAGCCACCCAGACGUUCCUAAAGAUUUUUUCACACUAUAAUGGAUAUCUUUUGCGCCAACAGGGAAAUCAUGCCGGAUAGGGCUUCGCAUCACGCAUAAAAACAGUGAAUUCGGUGCAAUCUCUGUAACGAAGCGAAUGCCGAUCGCUAUAGUGGAGAGUCACGUAUCGGAUAGGUGUUCACUCUAUACCGAAUAGCUUGCCGUGCCAACGCGAAAAGCUAUCCUCCGCCACAGUGUGAACAUGGCCUAAGUUAACUGCCGCAGUAUUUGAUUGGCAUUCAGUUUUUAAGACACAGACUUCCUUAAGUAUGCAACAUCACAGGUUACCCAAGCUUGAAAUAUGAGUAUCGGUUUGUUGCGUAACAUUCGAAACAUAAGGAUUUAUAUGGGGGAAAAACGGUUUCUGUAAAGUACGAAUGUGAAAAUUUAUCCCAUAGAAAUUCUAUCUUUCGCAACAAUGCAAACACUUUUAUGUCGAGCUUGCGCGACCUGUGGUAACACUUAACUUUCUGUGAGGUUUUUUAAAUUUGCCUAAAUGUAAAGGACGCCCAACUAAAAAAUGGUAUUAGAAACUGGGGGCAACAACCGUGAUUGCAGAAAAUCUGGUUCGUCAAAAAUUUCACAGAGGAAUAUUACUUAAGGUACAUGUGUGCAAGUUGCAUAUUAGUGGACAUUUCAAUUUUAGGCGGUCUAUCAUCUGCCAUAUUUGACCACAGCUAAAAAGUUCCACUUCAUUAUAAAAAUGCGACGGACAGAUCUCUGCAUGAAGUGCAAAUCAGGCCAGCUCUAGUUGCGGACACUUUCUCCUUCUUCUAAAAGAGUUUGCUGAAGGGAAGCUUCGAUAAUAAAACAGCAAAAGAUUCUUCUGCCAUUAUAGAGAAUAGUACAUUCUAAAUAUAUCUGUAAGCGCAACAUCAUGUCAAUUAUGCGUGGACACAUUAUCGGGACCUUAUAAGGAACAAAUGUGUCAAAAAAGGACUUGGAAAAGUGAUUCUAAAGUUUCUUAAUACAAAUAACGAGAGGAGAGGAUCAUGUUUGCUCUCUUUGUGUAUUUUAGUAUUAAAUGACAAAUUUUAAUUUGCCAAAUCAUUGAGAUGUUUAUUUCUUAACGGUUUAUGUUUUUCCAGUCUGACUCGCUAUAUUAUGAUAUACUACUAGUGUAAAUUUCCUGUUUACCUUGCAUGUAAAAGGAAUUUUGGUGCCACGUUUGUUCCAAGACUUUGAAAAAUAUGUAUUUAGCAGCAAUUUAAUUUGGCGACUUAGAAUACAUUUUGCCUGAUAAUUACUUGACUUCUUCCUUUUACGGACUAAAACUAAAGGAAUAAAUGACAGUUACAACAAACAGCAGACAGAUUUUUGUGGCAUAAGAUCAAAAACGUCAACCAUACUUUAAAUGCUACAACUUUCUACAAUUUAUACAAUUUAAUUUUGUAGGAAACAAUCGAAACUGAGACCACAAUGACACACCUUAGCUUAGCCGUCGAAAUGGCCAGAUGGCGCUGUCACAAUCUAAUAAGUCUAAAAACAAAGCAAUAAAACUUUACCUUGGUGUAUUUUAAGUAAUUUAGGAUCUGAUAAUAACAAGGGAGUGAAAAUCUCCAAAUAGUGGGGAUUCUGGUUAUCAUUCGAAGCUUUCCAUUAAUUCCAUGAUUUGGGAAAUUAUGUAGUGAGCAAUCGACCAUUUUUCAUUCUCAGUCAUUUUAUUUAGUCAUAGAUUUUGAAGACAAGCAGACUGCUGAGGAGAUGAAAAAGCAAUUUCCUUUACGUUGAUUUUUUAAUCGAUAGUAAAGGUACGAAGGGGUGGUUGUUUGGUUCAUUACCAAAAAAUUAAUACUUGACGAUUGUAUAAAAAUGACUGAAUUUUGACGUUUGUUUACAAAAAUAUAUAUGCUGCACGGGGAUUUGGUCAUGCAAAAUUUGUCUUCCGGAGUAAGUUCAUUUCUAACGCAUCUCAAUCGCUCAUUUUGGUCACAAAAAAAAGUUAUCAGCGGCAGAAGUUAACUUCAAUUUGAAGACAUCCAAUUCAAAACGCCCGCAGCUGGCCAGUACAUUCAGUUACGUGACGCGACACGUACAGCGCCCGCCCUUAAAAGCAGGCAACCAUACGGUGAAAAAUCAUGGCACAAACAAAUUUUAGCGAAGAGAGCUUGAAAAAACUUCAAGAACUGUAUAACUACUGCUUGGCAGAAUUAGUCGGAGGGAUACGCAAGCAACUGAUAGUUCUUUCAGGGAUUACCGUUCUUUUUUCCAUUUCAGCAUUCGUAGGGAAUUCUCUGAUUCUUGUUGCUCUUCGCAAAGAGAAUUCCCUUUAUCCGCCAUCCAAACACCUUCUUCGUUCACUCGCUACAACUGAUCUCUGCGUUGGCCUCAUUGUGGAGCCUCUUACAGUUACCUUUUGGAUGUCUUUGGUGUAUGAACGAUGGGGUAUAUGUCGCUUUGUACUAACUGUAGACCCUAGGGCCAUUUAUACGAGGAAAAAUAAGACGCGUCUUAAAUAAGACGCGAACUUUCUGUAUAAACGGCACAUUUCGUCUAAAAUAAGACGCGGCUUAGCUAAGACGCGUCUUAUUAGAUAAGACAUGCUCGUAUAAAUGGUACAGUUCGCGUCUUAUUUAAGACGCGUCUUAUUUUUCCUCGUAUAAAUGGCCCUACUGUCGCAAGCUAUACGUUGUGUUUAGCGUCUUUAUUUACGCUGACUACAAUAAGCCUGGACAGACUCCUUGCUCUUAUUCUAGGGCUCAGAUACAGACAGAUUGUAACUUUGAGGCGAAGUUUUAUAGUUGUAAGUGUACUUUGGUUUGCGUCUACUUUCGUUGCAACGAUGUACGUUUGGAAUCCUUCUAUAGCUGAAUGGUGUACCUAUAUAUUUGUACCAUUGUGUCUAGUCACCUCUAUUUUCUCGUACUCAAAAAUCUACUUGACUGUGAAUCACCAACAAAUUCAAGUCCAAGAGCAUCAGGGCCGAGCGAUUCCACUUAACGUUGCGCGGUAUAAAAGGGCAGUAAACAGUGCGUUGUGGCUACAAUUGGCCUUAAUUGCCUGCUACCUGCCUUAUAAUAUAGCAAGGGCGUUGUGGACGAAGAGAGGGCUGUCUCCCGAUGGUUUCAUCGCUAAGGAUUUUGCCUUAUCUCUGCUUUACGUAAACUCGACUAUAAACCCAUUCCUCUAUUGCUGGAAGAUCAGAGAAGUAAGGCAAGCAGUGAAGGACAUGAUAAGGCAACUACUCUGCUCACCAAGUUUAUCGAUAUAA